UCUUGCGUCUUAUAACGAGAUAACUAGGUCACUCAAAUUCUAGUCUGCCCUUCACCUCGUCGACUAUAUAAACUCACGUUCGGCGAACAAGAGCGUCAGUCAUCCAAACACCAACAACCAAAAUCAACAUGAAGCUGUUCUUGAUCGCUGCUCUGUUGGCCGUUGCCGCCGCCGCACCUUCCAGCUACAAAUCGAAGGAAGAUGAAUACAAAGCGAUUACCAUCGUGAGCCAAUCGGACGAGCGUAACCUCGAUGGCAGCAGCCAGUGGAGCUACGCUGGUUCUGAUGGAACCACCCGCGGCGAAUCCCAGGCCCAGAAGAAAUUCGUCGUCACCAAAGUCGAUGAUUACGGCAAAGAAACCAAAGAGGAAGUCUACGGCAACACCAACCAGGGAUCUUCCUACUGGAUCUCCCCCGAAGGCCAGCGAUUCACUUUGAACUGGGCCGCUGAUGAUGCUGGAUUCCAGCCCAAAGGUGACCACUUGCCCGUCGCUCCCGUCCACGAGUACGAGCUCCCAGUUGCCCCCGUCCACGAAUACGAACUCCCCGUUGCCCCCGUCCACAUUCCCUUCAACGGCAAAGGCUUCAAGAUCUACUAGAUUCUUCCUCUUCAACUGAUUAGAUAUAUUAAUAUAAAUUAUUUCCUAUACGUUCUUUCCCGGCAUAACAUUGAAUGUGUUGUUGUGAAUAAACACAGUAGAUGUAAAAGCA